AACCACGCUCUUGGAAGAAAGGGAACCCCAAGCACACAACACAAUGGCGAAACCACAUCCCAACUAUGCCGCUCUUGCACAGCAUUUGAAAAAUCUGGCCAACGAGGUCGUCUCAUUUCCGAAUAUUAUCUCAUUCGGCAAAGAGCCUAAGAUACGCGAGUUGGUGGCGAAGAUUCGAGAGGAUGCUCAGGUCUUGGAAGAAGAUGUACGGCUUCUUUCUCGGCUCAUCCGGGAGAAUAUAGAGCGUAACGAAGCUCGUCUUCGGGCUAUCGAGGGCCAAGAUCAAGCCUCCGGCGGCGAUAACGAUGAGUAAGAUGCUUUUUUCCUUGAAGAGAACUGCUUGAAGGCUAUUGGCUCUGACCACAUCAUAGACUGUCUCAACAUCUGUCUAGUGUCUCGUUGAGUGAGUCGGCCGAGGCCGGGCACCCAACUAACUUUGAUGGAGUGAUUGCACAAGGAACAGACUCUAGCCCUGAGGUACUCUCGUAACUUUCUCCAUUCAAGAGAUGUUUUUACUCUGUUUCUGGAAACAAGCUGACGUCUGAUACAUCUAGUGGGUAACUGAGGGGAUUUGAUUGAACAUCCUGGCUUAAGAUCGGUACACCCUGUAAGGGUUGUUUAUAGCGGUCUUUAGAAAUUUGGAUACAGGUUCUCUUGGUGUUUUGAUUUCUGCGCAAUGGGGAUUAUUUCUUUCACCAGUUGUUAAUAUGCUUGUGCUGUCAAACCCGGAAGCUAUAUAGAAGGGUAGGCUAAUGACAAAAGCUACUACUGGUUUAACGAU